AUGGGGCCAGGCCCAGCGGGACCUAUUGUUAAUGGCCAUGUUCAUGCUCAUGCAUCGCGACGGCGUCCGCCUCAGUACCCAUCGCUCCAGCACCAGCAUCAGCAUUCGUACCAUCAGCAACACGUCAACCACGGCCACAUGUACUACAGCAGCCCCAUGAACCCCUAUGCAAACAGCUACUAUCCUCAAGUCCAAGUGCCGCCUCAUUACCAGAACGGCACCAUACCGGCCGCGCCCUACAUACCCUACAACGCCUAUCAACAACAUCAGCCAGCGCGCUCUCCUCCGACUAUGCACCAGCACCAGCAGUAUCCCCCCAUCGUAUCUUCCAACAUGCAGCCACCUCCGCCUCCUCAAUCCUACUCAAGACCGCCUCCACAGCCGUCCCCUGCCAUGUCCACGCCGCCUCCCUUCCCGACUGCCGUGCCCCCACCUCCUGUACCUAUACCACAGACACCUGUCUCCUCGCACUCGUCCCAAGCCGUCACCGCCUCGCUGACGCCCCCUACCCCUCAAUCCCAGGUAGCGACUUCCCAGUCAGAGGUCGAGGUCACACCAGCGCGAAUCCCCUUCAGAGCACCUUUACCAUGGUUAUCACGGCCCGAACUCCCCUUCCCGGCAAAAAGCAACAAGGCCAGGAGGAGGCGGCGCAUAAUGUCAAGCGAGAAUGGGCAGGUGGAACUUCCAAUCAUACAGCCAAAUGGUGUACAGCCAGUGGACGAGUCCCCAAUCCAAAACCAGCCGGCCGAGACCCCGGCGCCCGAUACUCCCACCCAGACGAACACAGGCGGAUCUGCUGAGCCGGCAGAACGGCCAGAAACACCGUCUACCCAGAACAUUACCUCCGAAUGUGCCGAAUCUACGUCCCCUUCUACACCGGUCUCCGUUCACACCGCCCAGACCACCACUGCCGACAGUGUCACUCCCACGAAGCCUUCCAAGCCCACCCCGCGGGCAGCGAAGCCUGCAGUCCCUAUUGCUCUUCCCGUGCUGCCCAAGGCGAGCCCCAAGGACACACGGAGUACCGCAGGCAUUGAUAAGCUUGCUGCAGACCAAAAGCAGGCGGUGCCCCCAGCCACGUCAGAUAAGGCCGCCGGUGCUCAGACUAGCGCCGAGGCUACACAAUCGGCAGAGACAGAGGCUAAAGCUGAAGUAGCAUCUGCUUCAGUCAAAGUUGCACCGAAGAACUGGGCAGGCCUGUUUGCCAAGACAGUGCCGGCUGCUGCUGCGGCUCCUGGAGUCAAUGGCGUGGGUGCUUCUUCUGUGACAAAUGGUGGCUCUUCUGCCGAAGCAGUAGCUGCUGGCAAUGGCGGCGCGGCCUCUGUCGGAUUUGCUAAGGCUAAUGCUAGUUCUCUCGCUGAGGCUUUGCGUUCAUAUCGCGUUACGGGUGACUCAAAAAUUGCAUUUCUCGAGCCCAGGGGUUUAAUCAAUACUGGGAAUAUGUGUUAUAUGAAUUCGGUUCUACAAGUUCUUAUUUUCUGCAUACCUUUCUAUGACUUCUUGGAUCAGGUUAGCAAGAAGGCGGCGUAUAGUUUCAAGAGCGAAACGCCCCUAAUUGAUGCCAUGGUCAUGUUCAUGCGCGAGUUCAAAAUCAUUGACUCUGCAGUCUCUGUGGACCUGCUGCGAAGACGUUUAAAGAAUGAGGAGCUGGAGCAGUACGGAGAGCCCUUCAUUCCCGAGUUCGUUUACGAAGCCAUCAAGAAGCUUCCACGAUUCGCCAGCAUGAGGCGUGGCCAUCAGCAGGACGCGGAAGAAUUCCUCGGUUUUCUGUUGGAGACUUUGCAGGAUGAGUGCUCGCUGAUUAUGCGGCACCUACCGGACUCGUCUUUGACUACAACAACCGCAGCAAACUCUUCUGUCGUGACACCGACGGUGUCGUCCCCCACAAGCAUCGUCGAUACAAGUGACUGGCUUGAAGUCGGCCCACGGCAACGUGCAGCAAUUACACGUUCUUCUGGGCAAGCAACCUUAUCGUCGCCUAUUACGAGAAUCUUCGGGGGGCAAUGGCGAUCCGAGCUGAAGGUGCCAGGUUGCAAGGACUCGGUUACUCUCCAGCCUUUCCAGUCGCUACAGUUGGACAUUAGCUCGCCCCAGGUACAUAAUAUCGUAGACGCCUUGAAGAAUUUGACGCGGCCGGAGAUUUUGUACGGAGACUUCCAUUCGCCCAGGGGUAAAGAUGCUACGGCCACCAAGCAAGUCUCCAUCGAGUCUCUUCCGUCUGUCCUAAUCCUCCACCUCAAACGCUUCCAGUACGUCAAUGCCGAGGGCGGUACUGUCAAGAUCUGGAAACAGGUUGGCUAUCCCUUGGAGCUAGAGCUUCCCAAGGAAGUCAUUUCGCGGCAGAAGAAGGCCAGUUUGUCCGCCGAGGGCGCCGGUUUCCCCAAGUACCGACUCAUCGCUGCAGUUUAUCAUCACGGUAAAAACGCAAGCGGUGGCCACUACACGGUAGAUGUUCGCCGCCAGGAUGGCAAGGAAUGGAUUCGCCUCGAUGAUACGGUGAUCCGAAGAGUAAGAAGUGAGGAUGUUGCCGAAGGUGGCGUGGAGGAAGAUGUCAGCAAGCAGAACGAGAGCAAGGACAUCGGGGGUUCAGCCAACCGGUUUGACAGCAUCGGCGAAGAGGAAGGCUGGAACAAGGUCAGUGCCCCCACCGGGGGUGCGAAGAAAUGGAGCAGCGUGGUCAACGGAGCUGCAAGCAAACCCGUCGCCGCACCCAAGGGCAAGCAGGUGAAGGAUAACAUGAAGGACAACAAGGUCGCAUACCUUCUGUUCUACCAAAGAAUCUAG